AUUACAGACAUUUCACGUCAUAACAUGGACAUGCGGUUUCUACAGUUGUAAAAAUAAUAUUUUAAUUUUAUACAACAGUUCUCUCUUUUAAAUAGAAUUUGUAAGAUUACAUAAAGUUCAUUAAUAAAUUCUUUACAAUGGCGAAAAAGGGGAAGAUAAAGAUCAGUAAAAUUAAGAGGACAAAUCACACAACGAACAAGAUGAAAAAGGCUGGUAAAUUGAAGCUUCAGCGUCAUAAACCGAAAUCGCAGCCAAAGCAUAAGCAGCCCGCCCAAACGCAGCCAGAGUACAGCAGUGAUAGCGAAUCGUCUAGCAAUGAAUGGGCUGACAUGUUAGAUGAAGAGGAGCAACAAUAUAUAAUGAGUCGUCUUGCUAAACAGCCACAGUUGCUAUCAAAUGUCCCAGCAGAAGAUCAAACUAAAAGUCAGAGCAAGAAAAGAAAGAGAGGGCGAGAAAAGGCACAAAAUGCAACUGGAGGAGAUAGUGGCGCUGAAAGUGCCAGUGAUGUGGAAGAGAAGUAUGAACAGGAGAUGGCUGAGAGGCCGGUGAAGAAGAUGCGACCAUUGCUGCCGAUAAAAACUAAAGAAGGUCUUCAAGAGCGGGCUGAAGAAGUUGAGGCGUCAGAUGAUGAAGAAAAAUCAGAUGUUGACCAAGAAAUUGAAAUGGAAGAUGAACAGGACGAAACAGCCUCAGACUCGGGCAUGGAUCCUGGUGAAGAGGAUGGUGAGGGUAUGGUGACUGCUGUGGAGCUGCUGGCUGCAAGACGAGAUAAGUUGAACCACGAGAAGCUGAGGAUUGGAGCCCUGUGCUCAUCUCUACUUGAGAGUCCAGAGAAGAAGCUGAAGAAUUUAUACCCAAUUCUGUACCUAAUGGAGGAGAAACUAAAAGAUGGAUCAUUGAACCUGCUCUCCGUGCGGAAGCUGGCCACUGUUUCCGCGGCUGAGGUGUUUAGGGACAUUCUGCCUGAAUACAGGAUCCGCCAUCAAGAUUAUACUGAUGUUAAAUUGAAAAAGGACACCUUAGCACUGUACAAGUAUGAAAAAGAAAUACUCGAAUUUUACAAGAGAUAUCUAGUGAGAGUCGAAAAGGCGAUGACGGUUCUGAGAAGGAAGAAAGGUGAUAAUCGCAAACCGGACGCCCCAAGCAUCAAGCUCGGUCUCAUAUCGCUCCGCUCGAUGUGCAGCCUCCUCGAAGCGAAGCCCAACUUUAACUUCUCCACAAACAUAGCGCAGAGUGUGAUACCGUUCUUGGACAGCAGGGACCCUGAGGCGAGGAAAAUCGUCACAGAGUGCUGCUCUAAUGUGUUCAAGGAGGAUAGAAAGGGGGACGUUACGCUAUCUAUAGUGCGGCUCAUAAACCAGCUGGUGAAGCGUCGCGGCGAGAACCUGCAGCCGAGCGCUUUGGACUGCUUGCUGUCGCUACGGAUAGACCAUGUGCAGUUGGACGCUGAGAAUGAGCUGAAGUUGAAGAAGAAACAGGAGGAGAAGCAUAAAAAGCGCAUCGUCAACUUGUCCAAGAAGGAGAAAAAGCGAGCCAAAAAGUUAAAAGAAGUGGAAAGGGAGCUACUGGAAACGGAAGCGAAGGAGAAUGAAACGGCGCGGCUCAAACAGCUGACGGAAGUGACGAAGCUCGCUUUUCAUAUCUAUUUCCGGUUGUUGAAAACUGCCCCGAGGUCACAUCUGCUUAACGCCGUGUUACAGGGACUUGCGAAGUUCGCGCACGUAAUCAACCUGGAGUACUACAGCGACCUGGUGGGCAUCCUCGGCGCGCUCGUGCGCGACGAGCUCGUGCCGCGGCUCGCGCGCCUGCGCUGCGUGCGCGCCGCGCUCGCGCUGCUCGCCGCCGCGCCCGCGCUCGCCGUCGACCCGGCGCACUUCCACGCGGCGCUCUACGCCGCCGCGCCGCUCGUGCACGCCGGGUCGGACGAGUCGGAAAUCCGGCUGGUGCUGGAGGCCAUAGCGGCGGUGUGCGCGCGCGCCCGCAACGUGUCCCGCGCCGUGCUGCAGGCGUUCAGCAAGCGGCUGGGCACGCUCGCCACGCAGCUGCCGCACCACGCCGCACUCGCCGCGCUGCACACGCUGCACACUCUGUGCCAGCAGAACAAAGCGGUGUCGUCCCUCCUGGACACGGAGGAGACGAUGGGCUCGGGCCGCUUCGAGCCGCAGGCGGCGUCGCCGGAGCACUGCGGCGCGCACGCGGCCACGCUAUUCGAGCUGGCGGCGCUGGCGCGGCACUACCACCCUACCGUGCGGGAGGCGGCCGCGGCGGUGCUGGCGCAGGCGCCGCUGCCCCUGCAGCUCACUAAACUAUCAUCUCUACAAAUUUACUCCGAGUAUGACGGUUCCCAGAUGGCGUUCAAGCCAGCCAUCCCCCCUCCCACCCUCACUACCGCUAAAAGCAAGUUAGGCAGGGAACAUAUUUGGACACAAAAAGAUUUCUACAUACAGUGCCUAAGUGUAGAAAAGGCUGUGGAUUUAAAACUACCUAAUGUUAGAUGAAAUAAAUAUCUUUGACCUUG